AUGUAUGUGAAAUGGUUUGAUACAGUAAUGUUUUACUAUGUUAUUUUAGUGUAUUUAGUGAAUGUCACUUUUUGUCAUUUUAAAAUUUCCCGCCGUUCCGUCCCCGUACGUCCCGACGUCGCAGGGGACGGAACCCAGAUGACAAAUCCGCCGGAGGACAUUACAGGGGACACUGCAGGAGGGACAUCGCGGGAGCACAGGACAAGGUAAGUGAUCGAGGGAUCCCUGAGCAGCGCCGCACGGUAUUCCCGAGUGUAGCUCGGGGUUACCGCUUGUGCUACACUCGGGAAUACCGCCAGGGGGUUUA